GUCAUCGUGACGGGCGCAAUGCACAAACCAUGACCUUGACUAAUUGUAUGUGUAAACUCUAGUUACAGUUAAAUAAAGAUCCUGCUUCACUAACACAGCAAAAAGAGAUAUACUACAAAAUACGCUCACUAUCUCCAAGAGUAACGAUAACUUUAUCGUCAUCUGGUCUAACUGUUCAAAACUAAACGCAACUAAAAUACAAUUCAUAAUACCAGUAUAGAAAAUCCAAAGUUUCGUCCCAUUCAACAAAAAUGCCGAACGAACAGAUCCACAUUGAACAUUUUAUUCAAAGUCUUAGCAGUACUAUAAGCUAUGUGAAAUCUGAUAUUCGGUUAGAAGCCACGUCAGCUGAACUUCAAUCUUUACCAAUACGUACUUACUUGGAGAGAUUAGUUGUGCCAGUACUUAUUCAUGGCCUAACGCAACUGUGUAAAGAAAGACCACAGAAGCCAAUUGAGUAUUUAGCAGCGUAUUUAUUGAAAAACAAAAAUUAUAAACAAAAUAUCAAUACUGGUACCAAGUAAUCAACUGAAGAUAACAUAAUUUUGACUUAUAAAUAAACAAUUCGAAUAUAUACUUCAUUCUAACGCUAGAUUCCUUUACAUACAUAAAUGUGUCAGAGAACAGAGCUUCGGCAAACAAUACCUAUUACUAGUUUGAAUUCGUUCUGGAUGCCAUACUUUAUGCAGGUAGUUUCAAAACACGGGUACUGCUACUUCUACUAGACAGUUAUCUAUAAAAUGGAUAGUCCAGUCGCGCUACUUUAGGUAAAGAAACAUAAUAUGACUCGUUACCAAUAAUACUAUUCGACAAAGCAUAUACUCGUAAACAAUUUUUGUGUAACGGCUGGGGAUAUCAGCUAUCUGCUUAAACCAGAGACACAGUGGAGUUUAAACUUACGUCAUCGAAUAAGUGACUGUCAAGGGAUUUGACCAUUAAGCCAUUGAUCCAUUUCCAAACUUCCACUGGCCGAUAUUCGAGUUCUCUGAAAAGUUUGCAUUAUUCUCAGUGACACUUUGCACACAGGCGAUGAAAAUGUUCUGGUUACGAGAAAACAUCAUACAGUGGGAAGUCCACUGAGACUAUUCGAUUUAUCAGUUAAAAUAGACCACCACAUUUGGCCCGACCGUUGCUGCUACCUUGACGUGGUGGUCGGGCUUGCCUAUCGUGAUGAUCCAAUCGAGCUGUGCUGGCUGGAACAAUCGUUCCUCAAGGUCCUACCAUGCCAGACAGGUCGGUUGAAGAGCGGUGAGACUAAAAGCAGCAAUCCCAAGAUCCGAAGACGAAGUCGUACUGCUGACUGUACAGAGGUGUGAAAGCAGUAAGGUGUUUCCUUCAGACAACCAGCAUGACAGCGAUGCUGCCUUCACACAAGGAAGGGUGGGGUUAGAAAAGGUCGACCCUAAAAAUGCACACCUCGCCUUAUUCCACGGAUUUCCGUCUCCGGCGGUAAGGACUUUUGAAGAACGGAGCAAACACAAAAAUCCCCCACAAAAAGGCCGUGCGUGACCGGCCUCAAGCAGUUGUCCCUUGAGCACUGCGGUCACGCUCCCAGGUCGUUCAGACCAACACUAAUCCAACUUCUUUUUCAGGUCCCUCAAGAAAUACCCUUCCACGGUGUGGGCAGCCGGGAAGUUAUACUAGCCCUCAUACCCUUAACUGCACACGAGACCAAGUUGGUCACUUUCAAAUCCUUCCUACACCUAAUAACUCUGUUAUCUCUACGACUAACCCUUCCCACGUCCUUUUAUCACCUCGCACCGCUAGGACAAACGAUUCGAGUACACAGAACGUUAUUCCUGGUCUCCUGAAACCACGCUCUAAACUACAUGUAGGAACUUUUAAUGUCCGAACAUUGUGCCAAAUAGGACAACAGGCUUCCUUAGCUAGGACUCUAGAAUCUUACGCCAUCGAUGUGUGCUGCGUCUCCGAAACGCGCAUACAAGAUCCGAGUAGUGUCAUUCAUUUGACCUCACCUAAUCAAAAUGAAGAUUCAUCUCGAUACACGCUUCGUGUAUCUGGAAGUCCUGAUGCUGCUUCCCGUGGCCUCGCUGGAGUAGGUAUAGCAUUAAGUCCUAGGACAGAACUAGCUCUUUUAGACUGGAUCCCAGUAGACAGUCGUCUAUGCGCUGUCCGACUAAACGGAUCAGUAAGGACCCGGGAAGAUAAGGAAACUCGUCGUUGCCUCUUCGUCGUCUCUGCCUACUCUCCCACUGACUGCAGCUCAGACGAUAUAAAAGAUGAGUUCUACAGGAAACUUUCUGACCUUCUCCAAAAAGCUAGGCGUUCUGAUGUAGUAAUAGUAGCAAGUGACUUCAAUGCUCAAUUAAGUAAACUAAGUGAAAGGGAAAGACACCUGGGUGGAUCUUAUGGUGUCGUGGCUAAAAGGACAGAUAAUGGCGACCGUCUGUUGCAGCUAUGCUCAGAUAACCGCCUAUUUCUUGCAAAUACUAACUUAAAGUUAAGCAUAAGGAAAAACAUCUUUUGACAUUGUAGUACCAGUUCAUAUGUUAGGCCCAUAUACUUUAUUCUAGUUACUGGCCAAGCCAAUUCACCUGUACAUUGAGUCAUCUUUUGAUCUUGUUAAUCAUUUGCUUAUUAACCUUGAGUACUUUUUAUAUGAGCGCAUAUGUGUACACUUCGUAUCUUAUUCAUCAUAUGUCUGUCACUCAUUUUUGCCUGCCUAUAAAUGUUAGUUAACGCUUGCUUAAAAUGAGUUGGCUUCCCAGCCAUCUCCAAUGCGCAUUGUUCUCGCUUCGCUCUCGAGUUGGCUUCCCAGCCAUCUCCAAUACGCAUCAUCUUUGCUUCGCUUGCUUACAGUUGCUCAUGUGCUUACAACUUUCUGGUCUGCAUCGAUUAUCAAUAAAAAUGUAGUUGCCGCUUCCCUUUGCCUUCUGAUAUUAUACACCGUUAAGAUUGGUAUUAAUAACGGUUAUCGAAGCGAACUAUGAUCGAAGCACGGCACUACAAAACUGGUAAUCCCGACGUACGAACACGCAACACAAUUAGCGAUCCCGACUUACGAACGCGAAAACAUAAUUGGAUGUCUCGCCGAACGAACAUCGACGAGAAUCGACAACCUCGACGUACGAACUCACAUAAUUGGCACGCCGUAUUUGGAACACGCGACAGAAUCGGCAACCGCAACGAGUGAACACAAAUCAAAAAUGAAACCGCGGACGACAUAUUUCGUUGAUUCUAAUAAUCAUCAUAUGCUCAUUAUUACAAUAAUGUCAUAUCGUCAUCUAACGUGGAAUUCUUAUUUUUGCUCGUAUUCACAUUAAACUAUGACAUUCACGCAGUCGAAUCACUAAUCAAACAAAUUAUAAUUAUUUGGACAUUACACGUUAUCAUAUUCGAAACUCACUGGAUUAUCUUUAUUAUCCAAUGACGUACAAUUUUCCUGAUUCAAGUGAGUUCGUUCCAAUCUUUUUCAUGUCAUUUUCGGUCUAAUAUUACACUCUAUCAUAUACAUAAGUUUGGAGUCAUACUCCCGAUAGUAGGAACUUAUGUUCUCGAUACCACUAAUGUCCAUUCAUCCCAUUGGUACGCAGCAAUCGUCAUUUUUUAUAUUUUCAGCGACAACGUAAACCGAACUUUCGCAAUUUUUGUUUUACGAUGAUCCCUACUUUAAUGUCUAUACACAAAUCAAGUAUUUGACGCCGCAUUACCAGCCGAUUAGUAAUGAUUAUGUUCAUAUUAUCUGUUCAUCGACAUGUAAAUCUGAAUGCUGCAUCAUCUAUUACGCAUCAAAAAUAUUUGGUUACUGCAAUUAGUAUUCUAUUUCCAUUGCAUGGUAUACAAGAACAUAGAGUUUAGAGCUAGUCUCUCAAAGAUACACUCUUGUUCGUCUCAUUCAAGUCAGUCUCACUCACUGUCAUCGAUAAUCAUAUGUAUUGGUAUUUUUUUUAUGCCUUAAUACGGUUUCGUAACAAAUGAGGUUGAGCGCAUAUCCCUCUAACCACACAAACCACGCUAGGCUGCAUGACCAUAGAGGAAUACGACUCCGCAUAUCUCGUCUCAACAGUCACUAUCCUGUUCCUCUGGUCAUUCUACUAAUACAUAUUUAACGAUAACUCGACGCACACGACAUCGUACGCUGACUUCGCAUUUUAUUAUCAUUAUCAGUAGCAGUACAGCAAUGAAUAUCAACCGCUGAUGCAGUCAUCAUCCUACGGCUGGAUUAUUUUUUAUCCCACGUAAACUCCAAUCGUGUAAAUUCGAAUCCACUCAUCGCCAAUCGACUCUAUUUACUCGACUGCAGCUUAUCAGAACAUAUUUCACUGUUAUUUAUCCGCAUAUUCAAUCAGCACCACAGAGCAAUUACUGUUAUACUCUAUUUUCACUAUAUUUCAAAUCGCUCGUAUGAACAUGUUAUUUUAUCAUUCGGACAGUCACUACAUAAAUUCAUGUUAAAUUUUUUCGAACGCUUACUAAUGUACUGAUAAUCACAUGCUAGCAUCCCUAUUUUUGUCCGCACUUUGACAAUAUUCAUGUUCCUUUUUACAUAAGUAUGACACUUUCGCUUAAUACGCUCACCCCUCACAUGACACUGUAAUUCAUCAGGUAUUGUACCAUUUUUUCCCACAUUUUGACGUUAUCCUCAUACCGCUUCAGUGUUAUUUUUCGAAAACAGACAUUUUUUUAUAAAUGUGCUAUUUUCUACAAGGGGGCUAUGUAGUACCAGUUCAUAUGUUAGGCCCAUAUACUUUAUUCUAGUUACUGGCCAAGCCAAUUCACCUGUACAUUGAGUCAUCUUUUGAUCUUGUUAAUCAUUUGCUUAUUAACCUUGAGUACUUUUUAUAUGAGCGCAUAUGUGUACACUUCGUAUCUUAUUCAUCAUAUGUCUGUCACUCAUUUUUGCCUGCCUAUAAAUGUUAGUUAACGCUUGCUUAAAAUGAGUUGGCUUCCCAGCCAUCUCCAAUGCGCAUUGUUCUCGCUUCGCUCUCGAGUUGGCUUCCCAGCCAUCUCCAAUACGCAUCAUCUUUGCUUCGCUUGCUUACAGUUGCUCAUGUGCUUACAACUUUCUGGUCUGCAUCGAUUAUCAAUAAAAAUGUAGUUGCCGCUUC